GACUGCCGUUGCUUUAGCUCUCCAUUGUGUAACUGAACUGCUGCUGGAUCCUGCCAAACACUCUCUGAACUUUUGUGCUGCUCAAUCAAUGCCCACACCACUUGAGCUGCUGAUUCUCACAGAGCUGGAUAACAGUCAGUCAUCCGUUUGCUUUGAAGGAGGCUGGAGGCACAAACAAGCUUGUGAACUCUGUUGACCGGAACGCUCUCAAUUAUCUUUCAGAGAUGUACCGACCAAUCUUGGUGGCACUUGCAGUGCUGCUCUCCUCUUCACCCUUGGUCAAUUCAGGGAAAGUCUUGGUGGUCCCUGUGGAUGGAAGCCAUUGGGUCAACAUGAAAGUCCUUGUGGAAGAGCUUCACUCCAGAGGUCACGACAUCACAGUUAUAAGGCCAUCAGACAGCUGGUACAUCAAGACAGAGUCCCCUUAUUACAAGUCCAUCACAAUAAAUUCUUCUGCUGGCUUUGAUGAGGAAGGCUUUGGGAUCUUUGUUAACAAAAUGCUGACCAUGCGUCGAGAAGGUGCUUCAAUUUGGGCGCGAUUAUCCCUGGAGUAUGAACUGGUGGAACAGUUCUAUCAGAUGAAUAAGCAAAUAAUUUCAAUGGUAGGGGAGAUGUUCGAGAAUACUCAACUGAUGCAGAGCCUGAAUGAUGCCAAGUAUGAAUUAGUUCUGACAGACCCUGCGAUUGGUGCAGGGGUGCUGAUUGGUCAUCGUUUGGGUCUUCCGCUUGUCCUCAAUGUGAGGUGGACUGUUCAGGGCGAGGCACAUCAUGCAAUUGCACCUUCCCCAUUUUCCUAUGUCCCAAUACCAGGGGCAGAACUGACUGACAAGAUGACUCUUCUCCAGCGGGUCAAGAACUUAACAUGCUUUUUCUUCACUUGUUUUCAAACUUGGUAUGUAACAGAUUCAAACUACAAACCCUUUGUUCAGCGAUACUUUGGAAAUGAUGUUCAUUACAUGGAGCUUUUUCAGGCAGCAGACAUCUGGCUAAUGAGGAACGAUUUUACCUUUGAGUUUCCAAGACCCACAAUGCCAAACAUUGUCUACAUGUCAGGAUUUCAGUGCAAACCCUCCAAGCCCCUGUCUAAAGAAUUAGAAGACUUUGUUCAGAGCUCUGGUGAACAUGGUGUUAUCGUUAUGACAUUGGGAACCCUGGUGGCAGAACUUCCUGAGGACAUUACUGAGGACAUUGCCGCUGCUUUUGCCCAACUUCCUCAGAAGGUGAUCUGGAGACACAAAGGCAAAAGGCCAUCAACCCUCGGAAACAACACCUUACUUUUGGACUGGUUACCUCAAAACGACCUGCUGGGUCACCCCAAGACCAGAGUGUUCGUGGCCCACGGAGGCACCAAUGGAAUCCAGGAGGCCAUCUACCACGGUGUACCCCUUGUGGGCCUGCCCCUCAUGUUCGACCAGCCGGACAACUUCUUUAGGAUGAAAGCAAGAGGUGUGGCUCAAGUCCUGGACAUUGCAACUGUCAACAAAGACAACUUCCUGGAGGUGCUGAAGGAGGUACUCUAUGAUCCAACAUACAGGGAGAAGAUGAGGGUGCUGUCUAACCUGCACAGAGACCAGCCCAUGAAACCACUGGACAAGGCCAUGUUCUGGAUCGAGUUUGUGAUGAGGAACAAAGGAGCGGCCCAUCUAAGGACAGAGUCGUACAAGAUGUCUAAGAUCCAGUACCACUCGAUCGAUGUGGUUGUAUUUUUGCUGGCAGUUGUUUUUCUAGUUUUUGCAGUUUUUAUUUAUGCAGUUAAGGUUUUGUGGCAAAUAUUUUUUGCCAGAAAAAAAGUCAAAAAGGAAUGAUUAAUGUGCUGCAAGAUCUUUGUCUCACAUGAUAUCUGGAUGCUGACUUGUAUCAGUAUCAAGUAUUUUGCUGAGUGUUUAGGGUUGAGGGCAGUUUACACACUAUAUACUUGCUAGACUUACCUAGAAGUCUAUAACUUGACUUAUGCCAAAGAAGUAAUGUUUAUGUGCUAUUCGUUUGGAUGUGCACAACUUAUUUGAAACACUUCUUGCAGGUUUUUGGGAAAAUACAAAACGGCAUUUUUUUAUUAAAUGACAUAGGACUUUAUUUAUAAAAACUAUCACCUGGGUCUGGGCAAUGAUUUAAUAUUCAUUAUGAUUUUAAGUGAUGAUCUGUUGUUUCAUGUUUUCCAAAUCAUGAUUUCAGGCUGUAAAUAAAAACUGGCAAAAAAAUCAAAUACAUUUUAAUAGUUUGUUCUGAUGUAUUGCACAACAGUGGAAUAAAGCUUUACAAAGGAUUAGUUAUUUUACAUGUACUUUUUCUUACAUCCAAGGAUCCUAAUCAAUGAAUUAUCACAUGCCACCAUUCCGGAAAUAUAUAUAUUGAAAAAAUGACCUCCUAGCGUUUUCCUCUUUUAUACAUCAUUUAUACACGGUUCUUUAUUCACUUGAACAUGUAUAUAAAGUAUUCAAACAUAAUGACUAUAAUAAAGUGUGAAAGAAAGAUAUAUAGCAAUAACCACUACAGUAAAAAAACACAAUAAAAUCUUAAUCAAAUGAAUAAAUUCUGAAUAUUGUUUACAAAACAAGCAAUUCAUGUUGUAAUCUUUGUCCAGUCUGGUAUCAAAAAUCUUAUAAUUUGUUGGAAUAUUCCCUUUAAAGUUGUGUUUUCUGCUUGAAAAUAGAAAACAAGGGAUUAACUUUACAAAAUAAGAUAAAGAUAAGAUUCACUUUAUUGAUCCCAAUUUGGGCUUUUUUUCGUCAUAGCGGCAUGUUGAAAGGCAUUGCACAUAAUGUGAAAUUGAUCACUUUACAUGGGUUAUUAUUUCAAUUGACUUUUUAUUCCUAAUUUCUAGUGCAGAUUAACAUCUACCUGAAAAAUAAUAUGCAAUAAUAUAUAGCAUUGAAAUGUACAGCUUCGCUAAAGCUUGAAUGGUCGGGCCUCUUUCAAAAAUCAGUACAGCUUUUUCAAAAGCUUUGACAAUCCUGUACAAUUGAAGCUACUGCGCUAUGUAUUAUUCAAAUACAGUAGACUACAAUACUGCAAGGUACUCCAUAUAAAUAGGAUAUAGCCUAUAAAAUAUAUUCUUGUUGACAAAAACAUCAGUAGAGCAAAAAAGCUACUAAGACUGGAGUUGGUUUCAGUGCAUCCUUUAACAUUUGACAGGCGUAAAAAUCAACUGAAGUUAUCAAUGACUAUCAAAAAAUACCUCAUAAACUAUAUAAAAAAUGUCCCUAUGUUGUCAUCUUUUAAAAAUGUCAUGAUCCUGGUUUCGUGUCUGUCAUGUCUUUGUGUUGUGUGUUUUAUUUUGAAAUGUUUUCUCCUCUUGUGUCAGGUUACGUUUCACUCCCUGUCUAUAGUUUCCUUCCUUCCCCUGAUUGUGUCAUUGUGUUCACCUGUUGCCCCUGGGUUUCUCCUCCCCUCUCCAGCUGUGUGUUGUUUAGUGAUUAGCCUUGUGUAUUUAGUCUUGGUUCCCCUUUUGUCUCUUGUUCGGUCGUCGUCGUUUCCUACCUGGUCCUGUACCUGUUACCUGCCUGUUCCUGCCUGUCCGUCUGUCUGUAUCCUCUGGUUAGAGUUGGUGUGGUUAUUUUUUGGUUGAAUGUACAGCUUUAAUUUAAAUAAAGCUCGCCUUUUGUUUGGACCCAUA